AGCGUUUUCUUUCGUUUCUUACGCAACGAACGACAACAACAUCAUAAAGGGGGAAAAAAAUCAUCAUUGCCCAAUUCUGUAAUUUUUUUCGCAAGUCAGUUUGGCGUCGCAGUGGCUGUAUGUUUUGUACUCUGGAGCCAGCUUGUGCUGUGUCCUCGAUAGGAGCAUAGCUUGAAAGUUGCUGACGAAAACUUGCCUUUCAAGAUUAGGUGAUUUUUUUUUUAUUUUUUAUUUUUAUUUUUAAUUACUAAAACGGUUCUCCAAUAACUGAAACCAACAUCACUGUGCUUCUGACCAAAAACCUCCCAGCUGAGUGCCCCAGCCACAGGCUUUAUGUUCGUUGUACCUGCUAUAGGAAGUAGCAGCAAAGUAUUUAAAAAAUGUAAUAUUCUUGGUAACUGCAUAAACUUUUCUGCUACUUGAUUGUUGGGGCCAAGUACAGCCUUGACAGUGAGGCUCUUUUGGACUUACUGUUGUGUUAAAAACAGCCCUGGGUUUUAUGUUGGUUUUUUUUUUUCCUGUUGUCCUUGUAACUUGAAUGAUUGCACUUAGUUUCGUUAUGUGUGCUCCAGUGUGUGUGUAACCUACUUUGAGUUAUCUUUGCCCUCCUCAGUAAUUAAUUAAAUCCAGAGCCUCGUUUGAAAUAUUGCUAUGUGCAUUGCUUUUGUGGUCCUUACUCAAUCAAAAUGUUGACUUUGAUGGGAAACUCAAAUGAAUAAGGAUUUGGUGUUUUGGCCCAAAAACCUGAUUUAAACCAACAAGUUCAAGGACUACUGAAUAAGGAUUGUUAAUAACAUUGGCAUUAGCAGUUAUUGUUACAAAUGCUCUCACAUUGUAGAUGUUUUUGACUGUUAAAAUGCUAAUAAGCUUUAGAAUAUUCUGCCUCCACUUUCAUUUACUUUAUAUUUUUAACUCGUGCUCCAAAGGGCUCUUAACUAGCUUUCAAAAUAUCUAGCUUCCUGAAUUUGCAUCCAAAGCGUCAAGUCUCUGCUGUUUUGGUGGGGGUUGUUUUGCAUUUUGUUGUGAGGUUUGGGGAGGUGAUUUUUUUGUUUGUUUUUGUUUUUAAGAAACUGAUGUGAAGGUGUCAAGAAGCUAAGAAUCUUCCCAUGGGCAGUAUGAACUUACAUGACCUCCAAACAGCUUAUCUCAUCUUAAGAAGGAGCAGUAUAUGCCUUGCUUUUGGAUGAAAUUUACAGAACAUACAGACAUUCUUUCUAUUGCAAUAGAGUCAAAAGAGAGUCGACAAAGAUCUCAGCACCAUGCUGCUUUUUUUCCAAUCAUUUAUCUUGAACUAAAACUCUUAAAUAAAAUAAACCUUUAACUCAUUUUAAAUUGACUUAUUUUAACAAAUAGUUAUGCAAACUAGUCUUAUGCAAUAGUUUUUUUCCAGACGGCAAUCUCACUGCUGUUAUAACAUCACUGUGAUGCAAUAACAUGAACAAUAAAAUCCUCUGUUCGAGUCUUAUUACACACUGUUAAGCAAUGUAUCUGACUCAUCAGCUUAAUUGACUCUUCUAGGUGACCUUGCCAUGAUCAUUACAGCCAGUUAUGAGAUAUAAAUGUGCUUAGGCUAUGUAAUAGAAAAAAAAUGCAAAUAGAUGGCCAAUUCCUGCAGUCCAAUCUAAAAUAAAAUGACAAUUGAUUUCUGUGUUAGUAUUUUACAGGGUUAAAGCAUUACCUUACAGUAUUUGAAAAUAUUUUUGUAGUAGCUACAAGAUAAUGUAACUGUCUAAUACUCAUGAUAAGCAUGACUGUCAAAAACAAGAUUGCUUCUACCACAUUUUUAGUCAAGACCAAGUAUUCCCUUGUUUACACAAUGUUAUUUAAAAAUUGUAUUAUAAGGUAGAUCUGAAAGGAAUCUAAAGCCAUCUUAGAUACCUUGUGGUUUUUUCCUAAUUCACUUGUUGAAUUGGUCUGUGUCCAAAAUAGCAUACAAUGAGAUUGAAUUUUGUGACAUGGAUUAAAUAUAUAUUCUAUUAGGAAAAAUGCCUUAUUUAAGACAUGGCUUUUUUUCCCUUUCUUGAGUUGCUCCACCUUGGUGUAAUUUUCAGUCUGUCCUGUAGUAUUUGAAUAAUUAACCAGUUUUUGCUACAGAGAUGUCUGCACAACAGCUGACAAUGUAGAUGCCAGUGCUCCAAGACUUCUCUUUGCAAGUGGAAUGCAACCCAGCAAAGAAAAUAAUGCUCAGCAUGGGCAGUGGUCUGGACCAUCUCACAGAAUUGGAGCCCUAAAGGUUUUUAAGAAGAUUCCCAUUGAAUCUGCCAAGAAAAUUGGCUCUAGACAGACAUUUCUGUCUGAGAUCAUGAAAGAAAAGGAAGAAUGUGUGUGGAUUUAAAAUUACUUUAUUUACCAAGUUGUGGAGUGAGAAGUACUGAGGAGAUAGCUUGCUCUGUUGCUCAUUGUAGAUCCUCUGCAAAUUGUUUCUGAUGCAGCUGAGAAAAAUGCAGACCCUUAAAAAGGAGCACGGACCUGUUGACACAAGUAGCAAUGUGGACAAAAUCAUGGUACUUAAGUCGACCUUAGCAGAAGUAUCUGAAGAAUUGACUACAAAUGAAGAUAUACUACUUACUGAAGCAAGUAGUGGAAAGAGCAAAUCUUCAGCUUGCCGGAGAAAGCGAGAAUUCAUUCCAGAUGAGAAGAAAGAUGCUAUGUAUUGGGAGAAAAGGCGGAAAAAUAAUGAAGCUGCCAAAAGAUCUCGUGAAAAGCGACGACUGAAUGACCUUGUCUUAGAGAACAAACUAAUUGCACUGGGAGAAGAGAAUGCCACUUUGAAGGCAGAGCUGCUUUCAUUGAAGUUAAAGUUUGGUUUAAUUAGUUCUGCGGCCUAUGCCCAAGAGAUACAGAAACUCAGUAGCUCAACAACUGUGUAUUUUCAAGAUUAUCAGAGUUCCAAAUCAAAUAUUAACUCAUUUGUAGAUGAACAUGAACCAUCUAUAGUUGGUAGCAGUUGUAUUUCUGUCAUUAAACAUUCUCCUCAAAGUUCAAUGUCUGAUGUAUCUGAAACAUCAACUGUAGAGCAUACCCAACCAAGUCGUAUACAAAGCAACUGUAGAAGCCCCGAAAAUAAGUUCCAGAUUAUAAAACAGGAGCCCAUGGAAUUAGAGAGAGAGCCAAGAGAUGACAGAGGUUCAUAUAAAGCAUCCAUAUAUCCAAACUACAUGGGAGCUACCUUUAAUGUGUACUCACAUUCUCCUCCUCUCUUGCAAGUUAAUAGGUCCUCCAGUAAUUCCCCGAGAACAUCGGAAACUGAUGAUGGUGUAGUUGGAAAGUCAUCUGAUGGAGAAGAUGAACAGCAGGUUCCUAAGGGUCCAAUUCAUUCCCCAGUUGAACAUAAAAAUGUUCAUGCAACAGUUAAAGUUCCAGAAGUGAAUUCUUCAGCUUUGCCUCACAAGCUUCGAAUCAAAGCCAAAGCCAUGCAAGUUAAAGUGGAAGCAAUGGAUAAUGACUAUGAUGCAACACAGAAGUUGUCGUCACCCAUUGACAUGUCCUCAAAAAGACAUUUUGAGCUUGAAAAACACGGUGCGCAAAACUUGGUGCAUUCUUCCCACACUCCUUUCUCGGUUCAAGUGACUAAUAUCCAAGACUGGUCACUUAAACCAGAACUCUGGCAUCAGAAGGAACUCAACGUUAAAAUUCAGAGUGGUUGCAAAACUGGAGUUGUUGAAAUCCAAGACAAUAUCUACAAUGUCUCUGAGUCAGAGAAUCUCUAUUUGAAGCAGGGCAUAGCAAACCUAUCUGCAGAGGUUGCUUCACUUAAAAGACUUAUAACUACACAAAUCUCUGCAUCAGACUCUGGUUAAUUUACUACUGAAAAAAGGCUUAUUGUUUCAAAGGAUGUCAUUUGCAGUAGAUCAAUAUGUUUUGUAUGAUGCUGAAUUUUCACUGGACUUGUGAUGUCAUUUCACUGUAAUGUUCACAUAAUGUCUGAUUGGUGUCUUUUUGUGCACAAAUUGUUAUGAAGACUAGGUUGUGCUAUGAUCACUAUGCCUUGAGUAUAGUCAAGUAGCCUGUACAAAGGCUGUAUAUAGUGGACUUUAAUUUCUCUUUGUUCUACUACAAAGCGUGCAAGUUACCAGUUACAAUAAAAUAUUGGUGACAAACAUAGAACAUCUACUCCAGUUCAGUUGAUUUUAUGAACUUGUAAAUAAGUUAUUAAUUAAAAACUGGGUUUUUUCUUACACUGUGCUCAACUUCACUUACAUUUUUGGGUUUUGCAGCCUAACAACCAAAUUACAAUUUACAACAUGUGUGAUCCUUCUGGCCACCUUUUUCCUUAACAUGUUUUUUAGAAGAAAAGUGAAUAUUUAUAAAUGAAACAGUACCAAUUUAUAGCCUUAGCCUUCUUUAACUUAUUUCUUAGUAGAAAUUAACCAAAAGCCCUGCAAAUUCUAACCCAGUAAUUAAUAUCAACAACCUUUUCUUUUCUCCUUCAAUCUCUAAAUGAGACAAUAAUGAGUUUCCUGAAUGUUUUUGUGUGACAAACAAUUUUUCAAUAUUAUAACUUGGUGUUUUAGGUAAAAUUAGUUAAGUCAGAUUUGUGCAUCUGCAAAGUUUUCAGAGCCUUGCAGUGACACAAUUGGACAGCACCAUCUCUGCCAAGGGGUGGCUUGCAUCUGAAAGGGCUGCAGGCAUGGAAAGUCAACCCCUCUUGCAUACCAGCAUUCUGUCUAUGGCAGACCAUGGGCCACCUGUACAUGAAGCAUAAGGCUACUGGAUUCAUAAACUCUGAGCUCAGCUAGGUAAAUACUUACACAAAGGCUAGGCAAUAGCAGUUGCGGAGUUAAAGAUCAUCUGCUAUUUUAGUUCCCAGAAUGGGACAUAAUGCAAUUAUGCAUGAAGUAAGUCUUGCCAGCAAUUUGUCCCUGGUUUCAAUGGCUUAAUUAACUGAACUGGAAUACCUUGGCUUGCUAAAGGGCAUUUUGCAAGAGCUUCUCAGAUGUAAAAUAGAGGCUGUGUGAAGAACUGCACAAUCUAGACACUGCUAGCCCCUUACAACUUAUGCAGAUGAUGAGUUCUUCACUUAAUGACUGGACAGGGCAGUGAUGCUCUUUGUCUUUCAGAAGAGCCAUUGAACCAUGGAGUCUAGAAUUUUAUCACAUAUCCUUGGUUCGGCUUACCAAAAUCUUUCAUUUUAAAACUAAAAUUAAUUCACAAACAAAGCAUAAACUUGGCAGAGGUUCUUUUCAUGAUACUUCCCCCUUCUUUUAACGUACUAAUAAAUCAGACUAACAAAUAAGCUUUUUCUGAAAAGGCUUUUUAUUAAUUGCCAUACUGUAUAAUGAAUUGAACCUUUCCAUAGGCUUAAAAUACUAAUUAAGAAAACAAUAUGUAGGUAUUGUUUUUUUAAAUUAAUACUUGACUUGAGUGAGAGGAAGUUUGUCAAUUUUUUGGGGAUAUGAAGAGGAGUCUGAGUCACUCCUGAUAGCUCUGAAGCUUGGUCCAGCAGUCAAGGCAAUGGCAGAACUCCCUGAUGUCAGUGAGGACAGGAUUUGAUUCUGUGCCUUUUCAGGAACUGAUGAUUCAGUUGUGUUCUGGGAGGACCUUCGCACAGAAAUCACUGGUACUUUCUGAGCUUUUUUGAGCCUUCUAACUGCUGUGCUGUAUUUGUGGCAUUCAGAGUUGAUAAACUGCUAUUCUUUUUUCAUGCCUUAAUAAUACAAUAGACCCCAUAGCUGGGCUCUGUAUGUAUUUGGUAAUUAACAUAGAUGACAUUUCAAUGUUACUGAAAAUAAGCUCAGGAUUAUUGCAUGAAAUGUAAAAAUUUGCAUUGAAUGAUGGGGAUAUGAGACAUGAGGCAGUUAUGGCUACUGUCUCCUUGCUUGCUAAGUAUCUUCUGUAAGCAACAAUAAAAUUCUUUAAAUAUUUUGCAUAUUAUUUAUCACAUGUAAUGUGUUCAAGGAGAGGACUUAAAACUCUCAGUGUUGCCAUCAGUGUAAGCCUAGAUCUAUUGGUUUUUUUUCCAUUUCUUGUUAGAAUUGUUUGUCAUAAUGGAAGAAUGUUGUCCUCUUUCUAGCUCAUUAUAUAUUUUGUGUAUCUGUUUUGUGCAAUUAAUACUUAACAGUAAUGAUGUAGUUAAUUUGUUGAAGGAUGUCAUUGCAAGAAAGUUAUAGCAUGGAGCUUAGGAGCACAAUCAGAUGUUAUUUAUACUCCCUUUAUACCUUAGUGUUAUGCUUCAUUUGAAGAAAGAAAUAAAUAAUUUGUCUUUUGUUCAAAACCAGAUAUAA